AGAGGGUCGAGAAGCGCGCUCGAGAGGGACGACGGAGGCGCUGCUUUGCCACCGACGGGGAAGGAAAAAUGACAAUCUUGUGCUUCAAUUAACCGCUUCUUCCGCCUGUAAAGAUGCAAGCGUCACCAUUAAAGCUCAUUUCUUUCGUCAGCGUCACCGGAGUGGUGUCUGGACACUACUGCGAGUGGGAUCUCUGUGACAGUGAACAAUAUUGUUGUGGUGACAAUCUCUGCUGUGAUUAUGUAUACAGCCUUUGGUAUUUUUGGGUAGGUGUUGUGUUUUUGGUCCUUCUGUUGUCGGCAUGUGGAGGCUUAUUCCGUUACUACUACAGACGAUGGUACACAGAGGGCAGUGGGCUACCAUACAUACCAUUCCCAGCCAGUCCGGCCUACAGUUCACUUCCAACUCAUAUAUCAAAUCAAGAGCCACUUUUCCAGAUUACCGAUGAUGGUAAAAAGACCGAGAUGUGAGUGACUUCCUCAGCUGUUGUCUUCCCACCUGAUCUCAAGUUUACCUCAAGUCACUGCAAAACGUAUCACAAGAAUGGAAGGAUCAGAAGAAGAGUUUUAGUGGCGGUUUCAUGGCAAGUGUGUUGGUGAAUAUGUCAGAUCAUUUUGUUUUAGAGGUUUCCAAAGGCUUCAAGCUGUGAAUUUUAUGUAUUUUAAUACUGGCAUACUAUAAGAGUAGUGAGAAAUCAUUUGUGUUCAUAACAAGAGUGACAGUCAUAAACCACUGUGUGUUGUGCAAGUCCAAAAGUGACAUAAAACUGUGGUACAUAUAUGAAUUUUACUGAAUAUUUGAUUUUUCUUUUGUUUAUUUAUAUUUAAGGCUUAUGUCUGUAACUUGGAAAAUAGGCAUAUAAUAAUAUCUGCUUGCCUGUCAACUAUUUCUGGUAUUACCUUUCUCUAAGUUUUAUUACUAACAUAUCUUUAGACGUAACAAGUUUCAUUGUUUUAUGUAUUCAUCUCUUCCUUACAUGUCAUAAGUAAAUAUGGUAGAUUGUUUAAUGACUUGUGUCCUUUUUUUCUGUUGGGCGUAUUCUUAAUACUCUAUCAAGUAUAUUGUGGCUCCAGUGUAUUGCUAAAAGAUUUAUAGUCUGUACUCUAUUUUGUAAUGGUUUGGUACUUUCGUGGAAAGAAAUGAAGUGUAUUUAUUUUUUUUCUGAGAGGUGUUGUCAGAAUGAAAUUUAUUUGAGGAAAUUAUUUUAUGAUGUAUGCAUGAUGUCCCUCUCACAAACCCUCUGAUGUACUGUCUCUGACUCAGUCACAAUUUUUACAUGCACAUGCUCAUGCACAUGGAAAUGCUCAAUUACACAUGCACACAUACAAGCAUGCACACAUACAUGCACAGAUAAACACAUAAACACACAAACACAUACACACAAACACAUACACACAUAAACACACAAACAAAUGAACACACUAAUAAACUCACACAGAUUAAACAGAAAUAAACACACAGAUAAAAACAGCCACAGAUAAACACACACAGAUAAACACACACAAACAGACUCACACAGAUGAAACACAGAUAAACACACACACAGAUAAACAUACAGAUAAAUACAAGAAUAGAUAAACACACAUACAAACACACACGCACACACGUGCACACACACACAGACACACACACAUUGAUAUAUAUUAGUUUUCCUUUGGCAUUUAUUUUUCACACAGUGUCUCCUUUUAGGGAGAAUGAGAAUCCUUAUAUAAUUGUGUAUGUGGAUUAUUUACAAACAGAUUGAUAAAUAGUUGUUCACUGAUUGAUGUAAAGGAAGUUGUGGUAUUAUGAAGGGAUUGGAUGACAUAUUAUAUAAAAAUGUUUGCAUAAGACUUACACUUGUUAUAUUAAGAAUUUUGACCAAAUAAUCUAAGUGUCGCACUUGUUGUACGCAGCAAUAGGUGAGUGUAUGAAAAAUGAAGAAAAUUUAUUGACCAUCAUGACUGCUGAUAUAAGCAAAUUUUCAUUUCAUGUUUUAGUAUAAGGAAAAUGUGGUUAUGAAAAAACAUCACGAAACAAGAAAAAAUAAGUUUAAAGAAAGGCAUUGCUGAGAUGCAUAAUUUUAUUCUUUGUGCAUGAAGAGUGAAAAACAUAGGAACAGACUUAGGUCAUUGCCAAGGUGAAUGGGAAGGCAUUGAGUUAAAAUUGAACUUGGGCAUUUAAAAGUGAGUUUGUUUUCAAUUUUUUUUUUUUUUUCUUCUCUUCAAAAUAUGCUGAGAUUUCUCGAACAUCAGUUUGUAUUGCUUAUAAGUUAGCAGUUUUUUAUUUCAUAAUUUAUAUAAAGAGAAGGUGUAGCAUACAACAUUUUGGAUUAAAGUUUGAUCCGAACUCAUAAACAUGCUUUUAUAGUAUUUAGUGCAGUGUUAUCAGAAUUUUGCUUUGUAUUUUCAGUUUUAGAGGAAGAUUAGCUUUGGAGAGUAGAAGAAAAAGGAAUGUAGUUGAUACACGUAUUUUCCUUUAAUUUAUAAUUGGUUUUAAGCGCAGUCUCAUAUAGGAUAAUUCUUUUACCUCAUUCUUAACUUAUAAGUUUAUUACCCUUUGAAGCUAUUUGACUCUGUUAGUCUCAGGGCUCACAAAAUCACUAGCUUGAAGUUCCAGAACUAGCAAAUUUUUACAUCAGGCUAACAAAUGCAGAAACACCCUGUCCAUAGAACAGUGAGAAAUCACCCUCAUUGAAAUCAAAUUGUUUUCUUUAUACUCUCUCUCUCUGUUCAAAUAAAACAAAUUGUUUUCUUUAUACUCUCUCUCUCUGUUCAAAUGAAAAAAGUUGAUAUCAGGUUUGUCAAAAUUCAUUUCAGUCAACUAAAGCCCAAAGAACACCUGCCUGAAAGGCUGUCAGGGAUUUAGAAACCAUGUGAGCAGUGAGGGUAGCCCAGUUAAAUGUAACUUCUUAUUUACACACAUAUACACUUACAGACACAGGUAUAUGUAAACUAAUAUGCAGAGACAGUCAGAAACACAGAUAUUUAAACGCACACCAAAACCUAAACAAAAGAGAACAGAAAAUGAAUAAACAAACAGACAAAACCCAGAUGGAGAAUGAGAGAAGGGAAUGUCAAAUUAUAUUUUAUAUUUUAUUGGCAUAUUUAGUAAUUAUAGUUUUCAUAGAAUUUAUUUGAAAUUGUAAUAUAUGCAGAAGGAAAAAAAGAGGUUAUAUAUUUUUGUUAAAUAUUUUGUAAGUUUUAUUUUGAUUUCAUGAAUGUGAUAUUUUGUAAUUGGUGAUAAUAAGAAUAAGGUCUUGUGUGAAUAGUCAUUUAGUUGGUUUAAGUUUUGGUUCUCAUUAUUAUUAAAAAAAAAAAAAACAGGAGAACUGUGGUUGGUUCAGAGCAAAAAGGCCAUCUUUCAUUAUCAUGUGUUAAAUAGAUUUAGAAAGAUCAGCAGUUGAUACUGCCAAUUCUGCAACAUUAUGUGGUAGUAGUAGAUAAGAGGUUCAUGUUUAGUUCACUGUAAUAAGGAUGAAGGUAUGUUACAUGUAUAGUUGCACUUGCCAGUGAUUUCUUAAGUUUAUUUACUUUGUUUUUCGUUUUUCUUUUAAGUUUUAGAUAUUCCUAAAAUGUGCAAAGGUUCCUUUAUGCUGUACAUGUUUCAUGCUUGACAUUUCCUUAGCACCCAGUAUUUAGUUGCUAGUUUUUUAUGGUAUAUUGGUUAAUGGAGGAAUAGGUAUUGGUAACAUAAGGAGCUGAUGAUAAAUAAUGACACCAAAAUACAUAGUUACCUUUGAAGGAGUGAAUUAUAAUACAGACAUACGUUUAGCUAGUAAUGUUCAGAAUUUGAAGAUAGUCAAAGUAUGACUUCCUUUAGUUUUUGAAUGCUGGAAGACAUAUCAUUGAAAUAAGUAGGGAGUUUAUUUUUUAUUACUCACUGAGUUAAUAAAAUAUUGAUGAAGAGGUGAAUUUAUGUAACAUUUCCUCCCCUUGUAUUCAUUAUUAAUUUUAAUGUUCAUUAAAAAAAAAUCCUGUAUGGUUGUGAUGGAAUCAAUGGAAUUUCACUAAGAGUGUUAAAUCAUUACCGAGGCAAUAUUUGAAAAUCAUUGUAUUUUGUUAAGUAUAUUGUCAAUUAAAAGUUUUAUUGAAA